AAACCAGCAGCCUUGAGUAUUGGUCGUUCACUCACUACGCACGAGCGAUAUAUCCAGACAUCCUUCAGUAGAAGUUUUAGUGAGUUUACGCAACGCAAUACGUCUUCUUUAACAUGCCAUUUUCAAAAUCGGCACUUACUGAUCAAGCACAAUCGAAUGCAAGAGACUAUGAGAGGAGUUUUGAUGACGAAUCCAAUUAUACCAUUGUUAUUCUUGGAGCCUCAGGCGAUUUGGCAGGCAAGAAAAUUUAUCCAACACUGUGGUGGCUGUUCAGAGACAGUUUAUUACCGAAGAAUGUGACCAUAUUUGGAUAUGCACGCAGCAAAACGUCUGUGCUACAACUCAAAACAAAAAACCACAGGUACAUGAAAGCGAAACUAAACGAAUCUGGACGAUACGAGCGAUUUUGGCAACGCAAUCACUACAUCAGUGGACAGUACGGUUCAGAAAGUGACUUCGCAUCUCUCAACCAAAAAUUAAUGGAACACGAAAAGUGUGCAUCCAGCAACAGGCUUUUCUAUUUAGCACUUCCACCGUCAGUAUACGAAUCUGCCACAAUCCACAUACAUGCCAAGUGCAUGUCCCAGAGAGGGUGGACACGCAUAGUUGUAGAAAAACCGUUUGGAAAAGACCUACAAUCUUCCCAGCAACUGUCCAAUCACCUAUCGUCACUAUUUACAGAAACACAACUAUACCGUAUCGACCAUUACAUCCAAAAGGAAAUGGUGCAAAACAUCUUAGCCAUCAGGUUUGCGAAUCGAAUCUACGCCCCCAUCUGGAACAGCGACAACAUUGCGUCAGUUGUAAUAACAUUCAAAGAACCGUUCGGAAUAGAGGGGCGCGGAGGCUACUUCGACGAGUACGGAAUUAUACGCGACAUCAUGCAAAAUCAUCUUUUACAAAUGCUGACACUUGUAGCCAUGGAAAAACCCGUUUCCCAACAGCCGGACGACGUACGAAACGAGAAGGUUAAAGUUUUACGUGCGAUCCGGCCACCAACGAUUGACGAUGUUGUGCUGGGUCAGUAUGUUGGAGAUCCCAAUGGUAGAGGGGAAUCUAAGAUCGGUUACCUCGAGGAUACGACAGUUAAUAAGGGAUCAAUUACACCUACAUUUGCGUCCGCUGUCCUACACAUUAGAAAUGAACGUUGGGAGGGGGUUCCUUUCAUUCUUAGAACUGGAAAAGCACUUGACGAACGGAAGGUGGAGAUUCGGGUUCAGUUUAAAGACAUUUCCGGUGACAUUUUCGGUGGAAAAUCCACCAGAAAUGAAUUAGUUAUCCGCAUACAGCCGAGUGAAGCGAUAUACCUAAAGCUCAUGAUCAAAACGCCUGGAAUGUCCAGCGAUAUAGAGGAAACAGAACUAGAUUUGACCUACAGCAGUAGAUAUCCAGAAGUGAGAUUACCGGAUGCUUAUGAAAGGGUCAUCUUGGAGAUCAUUUCUGGUUCACAAAUGAACUUUGUACGUUCGGAUGAGUUGCAUGAAGCUUGGCGAAUCUUCACGCCCUUGCUUCACUACAUGGAGAAGGAGAGGGUUGUUCCAAUUCCCUAUGUGUUUGGCACUCGUGGUCCCAAGGAAGCGGACGAAUUAUUGAAGAGAAAUCAUUUUCGUUACUCUGCCACUUACAAAUGGCAACCUCCAUCUACGCCAAUAUAGUAGACUAAUUAAAGAAAAGCAAUUAUUGCAUCAGUUUUAACUUUAAGCAGUUUCCCAAAGUUUAAAUAAAG